CAGUCGUCCAGCCACCGUGACAGUCUCAACUUAUAUAUUGAUGCUAUUUAAAUAGGAGAAGGAUACCAUGCCUUGACCCGGAAAUUCCCUGGUCCUUUUCUUUUAAUUGAUCGUCAACUGUCUUCGUCCUCGACUUCUCACAUGUCUACGUGACCCUCGAAUUCUUAUCCGACAACCAUAUUCUUACCCUCUCUCGAAAAUGCCGCCCCAUCUACACCCGAAGUCGCGAUCGACGAGCUCGCUCUUCGCGGCUACCCUCCUUGCGUCCCUCGGCGUCGUCGGCUUACCACACCUCUUCCCUUGCCCGGCUCCGCGUCGGACGCUCGCCGAUUCUGAAAUGAUCACUACGGCCGAUGGUCAAACAAUCCAGAGAGUGAGGCGGAGGGUAAGGAAAGACGUCGAUGUCCCGGUUCCAACGGAUGGUCCGCUACGCACCCAACCAGCGACGGAUGACGACGUGUCGACAUUUCUCCAAUUGGAGGAGGAAGCCAAACAAUUAUCUCAAACUGGUCGGGAGUGUCCUGUUCCCAAACCUACGGGGGCCCUUGGGGAGUUAUUAGGGUUUCCGAGUCGAAAAGAUACUCCUCAGGGACAAGAGGAGAGAACCGGGAGUUGACGGCAUUCACCCUCUUUCAUUCUCCAUUUCCCUUUUCAAUAACACCGACAACCGACUAUUAUGACACCAAAAACACGCGGAUCCUGCGGAUCUACGAAAAUAUACACACAGCACAGUCCAUUGGAGAUGGACUCGCUUUGUGCACCGGGAGGAGCGGCUAUAGCCGGACAGCCGGCGACAUACUUGUACAGAUACCUGUGUAUUAGGGCCGAGACAGUGGCCAUUUAAACAAAUAGCGAUACCUG